CACAUCGAUUUCAUCGACCCAGCCUCCCAGCGGCAUGGCCAGUGCUGCACAGGUGUCCAAGGACAACCAAGCCUUCGAACAUUUGCAGUGGCUUUGUCCCAAAGACCAGCAAGUUCUGUAUCGCGCAGAAUGCAAUGCGGCAUUGAAAGAGGAGAAGAGGCUCCUGACGGAGAUGGAAAAUGCUAUGCUGGCCCAUCAACGCGCCAUGGGGCAUUGUCAAGUGGUCUCUGAGACGGACCGCACAUGGUUUACGCUGGAUGUGCAGGACUCGCAUGCGAAGCACGUCCAGCUGCUGGCAACGAUGCUACAGGAGCUCCAAGAGUCCGCCAUGCCCAUUCCGGAGGGCGAUUUGGGCGAUACGAUCUUCGGCAACAUCUACUCCUCCUAUGCACAAACUGCCCAGGUCACCGCACGCGCGGCGGCCGGCUUGAGCGAACGGACGGUGCCCGUGCAGGCGAUGAGAUCCUCGGCCCGUUCCGCCCUGGGUUUGGGAGGAGCCACAGGAGCCACAGGAUCUUGAGAGCUUGCCAUCCGCAAAACAAACACCGAGGGCCUGCAACAUCCGCCGAAUCCUUUCCCGCCGCUGCGGAUGCGGCCAGCAGUUCACAGGCUGCAUCCAAUGCUGCCGCGUGAAGUAGAAAAAAAA